CAUUGUGAAUAUUAUAGUCCACUAUCAUAUCCAUCAAUAAUUUCAGCCGGUUUAUUUGUUAAACGAAUAGGAAAAUCAUCUGUUGAUUAUCAAGUUGGAAUAUUUGAAAAUAACAAAUCUUUAAAAGCUUCAGCUGUUGGUGGUUUUACUAGUGUUUUUGUUGAUCGAAUGAAUCAACGUCCUCAUCCAAUUGAUGAACAACUGAGAAAACAACUUUUAUCUAUAUCAAAUAUAAUUCAAUGA